GUCUUUAUAAAAUAUAAAGUUAUAAUUUAUAAUUAUAUCCUGUUAAUCACACGGUUACGUAGAAAUGUAGAAAUAGCUAAGCUGUUAUUCUGUUAUCACUCAUCAUCAUUUUAAUAAGUGUGACUAAUCAUCAGUAUUGCACAUUAUAAUAAUGUGUCCUUUUCUGCAAGAACACUUAAUUAUACGCAUUACACCUCUAUAGUACGAUCAGUUCCUUUCAUCUUCUGUGAGCGAAAAGAUACGCUUUUUACGUAUUGCAAUUAUAUAUUAUCUCGAAAUUUUUAACCGCGGAAUGUAAGCUCACGACAGCAUUUUUUUCUGCACUCACUUUCGUGUUUAACAAACGAGAAUAAAUCCCAUUGUAAAUCGCUAUCGCAAAUUAUGUCGCGUGCUUACGUAGUGUUAAGAGAUAGUGGAACCAAAAGCGCACGAGGUAAAAAUGGCACACGUAAUAUUAUGCAGCGGACAACGCGCUUAUAUAUGAGAAACGUUGCAUUAUCUUACAACCUUGAAGAUAGGAAGGAGUUCUUAAAGAAGCGCUUAACGCGGAUAAUCGCAUUCGACCGCUUCUUCACUCGACGAGAAACUUAUAGUUAAUGCGUGCUGAUUUCAAUUUUUACAAGUGAUAGUGACUUACGUAACGAUAUUUGUAUAUACAGGUAAAUCAGCGGCACGACUGAGAACUAGAAGAUGUUGUUUCGAAGUUUGUAGAACAAUCCAGGAAUCCUUGAAGAGCGAACUCUUGCAACUGAUUUCAUCUUGUCGUAUUUGCAGUGCAAAGAUACAGAAUGACGACCUUACUUUUCAUGGUUUUCGUCUGCAGUCUUGCUUUAAGCACAGGUUGGUCUCAGAAUUGUCAGGAUCAAGAUACAGGAUGGGAGAAAAUCAUCGGAGCAAAGCCUGCAAACGCUGUAGAAACUAUAUUAUACAAAAAUAGUGCCAUAGGUAACAACGGUAUUAUCGUACCUUGUUUUGACAGGUGUAAAAGCUUGAAUUGUACAGCGUUUGUGAUCGAUUUUGCAAGGAACAUUUGUUACAGCGUGCAAAUAAGAGGCGAGGAACUUAUUCCUGAAACGAACGCCACGUUUUUUCACAAAAUCUGCAUUAAAGUUUCACCAAAUUGCAAGCAGCGAAGAUUGUGGCAAGUAGAAAGAACUUUGGGAGCUAUUUUAAAAGAUGGACAUUCCAACUUAUAUUAUCAAGCAUUGUUACGAAGAAGCGAGUGUUACGAGAAGUGUCUACAAGCAGACAAUGAAUGCGAAUCUGCGCAAUUUCGAACGAGCGAACCUUUGUCGAUCGACGAUACCGUUGGCACGUGUUCCUUGUCGAAAUUCGAGAGAGGUACUAGACCGCAAGCUUACAGAUCGUCGAUGUAUCGAGAUGAGUAUCUGCAAGAUCAGUGCCAUAAUAUAUCGAAGAAAAGCUAUUGUUCCUAUGCGGAGUUUCGGAACGUAACAUUGCCAUACUCGGAUGUGACGUUACCAGGGCUCGACGUGAAGCAGUGCGAAGAGAAAUGUGAUCGCAGCGAGAAUGGUUUCAUAUGCAGAGCCUACACCGUUGAUUAUUCGGAGGAGAAACCAUUCUGCUUGCUGCAUUCUGAUGAUACAAUCAGUCUUGGAGUCAGUUCGUUGGUUGCCAGACCCAACGUCAUCUAUAAGGAACAAGAAGCUUGCUUAGAUUUGAAAGUACAAUGCGGCGACUCAGUUAUGACAAUUACAUUAACCACUACGGAGCCCUUUGAAGGACGGAUAUAUGUGAGCGGACAUGGAGAUACUUGCGGUGUUGAUGGCAUUGGAAAAAAUGUGACUGUCUUAAGAUUGUCUUUGCCGAAAAAAGAGUCCAUCGGCAAAUCUAACAUUGAAUGUGGUCUUACACCCGCGUUUUCCAUUGAUAACGAAAAUCGAACGCAUACGUUGGUUUGGGCCACCAUUGUGAUACAAUACAAUCCGAUCAUCCAACGAUUGGGAGAUCAAUCGGUGAGAGUCGGAUGUUCAUUAGACGGUCGCGAUGUCCCGGAACCGAGAAACGUAUCUGUCCAAUCGAGUUUUUCUUUCUUGGAUCCAAACGCAGGCGUACCGCCAGUUGGAUCAAUCGUAAUAAACGCAUCGUCCGAAGCACCGGUGGUGACGAUGAGAAUCCUAAACGAGGAAAAUAUGGAUGCGGUCGUUACUCAAUUAGGACAGAAGCUAACGCUCAGAAUUGAAAUUCAACCUGCUGACGGGCCUUAUGAUAUCUUAGCUGGACACCUCGUAGCUAGUAGCGCAUCCGGAGAUUCCUCGUAUCUUCUUCUUGAUGAAUCCGGAUGUCCAACGGAUCCAGCAACCUUUCCUGCGCUCUUGAAGGAUCCAAUGGACAAUCGUUCUCUGAUCUCAACAUUUACUGCCUUUAAAUUUCCGGAUAGUCAAAUUGUGCGAUUCAACGUCAUCGUUCGAUUUUGUCUCGAAGAAUGUGAGCCGACUACAUGCAGAGGAGGACAGAUUUCGUACGGCAGGAAACGACGAUCGAUCGAGCAGCCGCUCAUCGCCGAGGUAACAGAAAUUUUCAGAAACCUCACGCCCACGGAAUUACCUUUACAACUAUCUAUCGUCGUUCAAAGUCCGGUUAUAACAGCGGAUCAUUUACUGUCCAGGGAAAAUCCGGUUCCUGAUACGGUUUUGAUCACUGGCGGAACAGUUCGUCGUUAUAGAAGGAUGGCUGUUGAGGCUGAAGAAGACAGAGCUGAUAUACUGGCGAGGCAUCUUUAUGGGAUUCAUGGAGGAAAUUUUGAAAUCGCACGAAGAGUGAGAUGGGCCGACCGAAAUGAUUCCUCGAUCGGAUGAUUAGUUUAUUCUUCCAAGUUUUCGUUAUAAAAAAAACUCAGAUAUUGAGUCAAUGCAAAAUUUUUCAAGUAAAAUUAAAACGAAAUUUUCAAUUUUAAUUCGUAAGUUUAAAAAAAACAAUGUGUCCAGUCGAAAAUGUGAUUUUAAAUACGGAAGCGCUAAGACAUUUAGUAAAGAUACCAGUGAUAUCUUGAUAUAAUAAAAAUUAUUAAAAAGAUUAAAAUUCGCUUAUAAUACAUUUAAUCUUAGUAUCCUUAAUUUUAGUCAUUUAAAAUCAAAGUGAAAAUAAGAUGUGUGUUCACCAGUUAUUUUGUUUAAAGCAAAUUACUUUUGCUUAAAGUAAAUGAAUAUAUUUGUAAUAUAUGCGUACAUGCUGUGUGUAAAUAUAUGUAUUUUUCUUACAUUUUCUAGAUAAUUUUUUUAUUCUUAUAAUCAUAUUAUUGUAUCUAUCUAAUGAUAUUAUUGUAUCGUUUAAUGAUAAUUUGUAAAUCAUCCACGUGUGUUCGUUGAACAGCGUCCAUAAUAUCCUAAUGUCACUUCUGUAAAUAUCAAAUAUUAUGAUAUUUUAAUGUAUCCAUUUAAUAAUCGCACUGCCUUAUGUAUAGUAAUUAUAUUUCUUCUUGUUUUUAAGUUUUUCUCGAUAGGACAAACAUCGUCAAAUAAAGAAAUCAAAAAUAAAUAUAUUUGCUAAAUA